CUCACGUUUCCUGAGUCUUUGUGUUCUCUCUCUGUUCCCUUCUCUUCCGCUGCAGCGUGCACAUGGGUUUGUGCCGGUGUUACAGAGUGGAUAGAUCCCUUUGCAGCGAGGUGAUGAGUCAGGUAGAUCUGCAUGUGUGUGAAAGGGACUCUCAGGUGUAAUGACUGUGCUUUGAUGGCACUGCCAACACUGCAUCCAAUCGAGACAGGAAGUAUCACUCCCGCCUGAAGCUGCCUCACAUCCCAGUGUGUGAAGGCCUGCAGGAGACUUCAGAUCUGGGCUUCCAGACAGUCUGUGUGGAGCAGCCCAUCGGCAAACGUGGACUCAAACAAAGACUAUAAAGGCCCCUGUCGCCUGUGGAAGGAUAUUGAGGAAUACAAAUGGAUGAGGAUCAAGCCAAGAAAGCCAGUAAGAUCCUGUUCCGGUACAUGGAGCCUGGCACCAAGUAUUUCUGCCCCUUCCUGAGAGCAAGCGGCGUCACAAAGGUCAAAGAGACCGGGGGUGAUCUUUUCAGUGAGACCAUGGACAAAACGAUGGACUUUCUCAAGAGCCGGCUGAUGAACAGUUCAACAUCCAGGGCGACGGAGGGACUGCAGGGACAGUUGAAACGACACCAAGCUCUCUGACAACAGGUUAUGUGACCCACACCUGCAACACCACAGCGGUCCAGUAUUUAUCCCCUCACUCUGUAACUAGUAUGUGACAUGUCGCUUCCCAACCUGAUACCUGAAUGAAUAAUGAAACUAUGCUUUAUAAUAGAGCUCAAUGAAUACAUGUAUAUAAAUUGAAUUACUAAAUGUUCAUUUGGGGUUUUUUUUUUUUUUUUACAGUAAAGGUUUUAAAGUGGAGGAAGAUACAAUUAACACAAUAAAACAUUAAAAUAAAUUAAUAUAAUGCAAUAAAGAGGUUUUUUUUGAGAGAGUUUUGUUGGUGACAUGUGGAAUGUUUUUCAGCUGGGUGGUGUUCUGCCUGAUGAAUUAGGACUGUAUUUCUUAAACCCCGGCCAGAUCGGUUGGUGCUACGCCAAACAUACUGUGUACAAGUACUACAAUAUAUUAGGUAGUUUAAUGUGUAGUAAUGUUUUCUGAGUUAAUAAUUCUAAUAAUCUGUCAGCAGUAACUGCAUGUGAUAAGAUUAAGAAUGAGUACUUCUCCCUCUAAAAUGCAGUGUCGUAUCGCACAUAAGUAUUGUUUAGAUAGAAAUACUCAAGUAAUUCAUGCAGAUUUAUUUGUUUAAGUAUUUAUUAUCUAGGACUUGUACAAAUGUACUGAAACUGAAAGGUCGUGACCACUUUUCUGUUGUCGGAAGGUGUCAUGGCUCCUGGGCUGCUGAAAGGAAAAGAGUAUGACUCCUCCGUAGCUACGUCACCUUGGGGGUCACUGUGGUCACACUGUAUGAGUUUAUGGCUGUGAGGUACAUAAAGGCUUCAAGAAAAGUUGAACUCGUCUGCGCUCAGAAUCAGCUUUAAAGAUCUGCAUGAAGCCGUAUUUUUUAUUAUUAUCAUAAGCUGUUACAACUAUAAGAGGAAUAAUCUUGUUGCCUGUGGAGGAUGUUGACUCUGUUUUGAAUCUACAACAACAACAAAAGCGCCACUCAAAGCGUUGCUUCAGCUGCCUGCUCUGCUUUUAUUCAUUUCCUAAGAUAAUUCAUCCCCACGGAGGCAAACAUGCAGCAACAGCAGCCUGAAAGUCAGCCAACAGCGGCAGCAGUAGUGGAUCCAGCAGCUCACUACCUGCGUCGGAGGAAAGCGGCUCUGUGGGUGACGGUGUCCCUGCUGGCUCUGGCUCUGGUGGUGCUGGCUGUGGGUCUGACCUCGGCCACGCGCACAGACAACGUGCCAGUCGCUGGAUAUCACGCCGGCAUCACCCUGAGUUUUGGAGCUUUUCUGGGUAUUGUUGGCAUCCACCUGGUGGAAAACCGCAGACCCAUGCUGGUGGCAGCGAUCAUAUUCAUCAGCAUCGGAGUCAUUGCGUCUUUCUUCUGUGCCAUUGUGGACGGGAUCAUCGCGUCAGAGUUCAUCGACAUAAGGCCCUUGCAGGAGGACAUGUGUGACUUCUACACCAGUGGAGCCGGCUACGCCUACGACAGCUACUACACCGAGGUGACGUGCCGUUCAUUUGACAAAACGUGCAAGCUGAAGCUGAGGAGCAACACCUGCUACUGCUGCUACCUGUACAACUGCGCCAGCACAGAGUUCCACACACAAUACUACGCGUUCACCGGGGUCAGCAGCUGCUGGGACGUCAUCCACCUGCACCGCCUGCUGUGGGCCUCGGUGGUGCUUAACGUGCUCGGCUUGUUCCUGGGCAUCAUCACCGCCGCCAUGCUCGGAGCGUACAAGGACAUGCUGAAGCCGACUCCUCCGGUGGCUGCCAGCCCGGCUCCGCCCCCCCACAUCCUGUACAACCCGACGCAGCACAUGGUCACUUACGCUGGCUUCUGCCCUUCAGGUCAAACUCUGCCCACCUACCCCAACUACCCAAUGAGCAUGCAGCAUAACAGCAACUACCAGCCCCCUGCGACUCCGCAGAUGAUUCCCGAGGGCGGCACUGCCUCCAACCCCUGCCUGUCUGAGGAGACCCAGAGCCAGCAGCCCUCUCAGCCUCAGCCUCAGGGAGCCACCCAGGAGCCGGGGGUCUACAUGCUGACACCCAACGCUCCGGUCCUCUACGGAUCCGCCGACAGCGCCUUUGAGAAACCGCCACCGUACGCCUGCUGAGCCGCGAGACGGAGAAAUAAGAUCUUGAUCUGGUCGGACUGAACAUAGCACAAGACAUUUCAUGGGUGACCUUGUAGGUGGAACACAACCAGAGAGCGACACUGUACUGAUAGAUAUGCUACAGACACACAGACGGGUAGCUGAGUCGUGUCAUCAUAUCGACACCAUUACGUUCUUUCAUGUGAAUUCAUUCAAGCAAACGGUUGGGAAAUCGGCUUUUUUUGUUGCUCUCUUGGGUUUCUUGCGUCUCGCGAGUUGCACGAGGAGAUCGAUACCUCUCAGCAGCACGCUAACUUGGCACAUUGACUGGUGACAGGGGGAGGGGCCACCCACCAGAGCCUUUAAAUCUCACUAAUUAACACUAUAAAUCUCCAUAGUUUUAUCUGCACAGAAAAGUCUUUGUGCACUAUUUCCUAGAAUAAAAAUAGAAGAUGCCCUCGCUCUCUGCAAAAAAGCAAAUAAGUGUAUUCCCAAAAACGUUUUUACCUAAACCUAAAGCUGGCCUUAAGAAGCUUAUAUUACAUGUGAAUAGGUGUAUCGUAGUUUAUUCACGAGAUAGUUGUUUCUAUUCUUAAUCUGUGUUAACUAAAGGUCUCCAUUGUCUCACUAUAUGCUAACUACUGCAUGAGCAAUUAAAAGGGCUUUCUAGAAAUGUGAAACGGAAAGUGAACUACGAUGAUGUUGCUGUUACUUCAUUAUGUAAGUGUGAAUCAUUAAAUGUGCACUUUAAAGUCAAUCCACUAUUUAUAUAUAUAUAUUAUUGAUGAUGCAUGUUAACUGCUGUGGGACGGGAUGCCGUAGCUGCUAUAAAAUACUUGAACUAAAGAAGCAGGUGUUUUCAUAGUAUUGGUUCAGCUUUAAGAAACUAUACAUGUAAAUCACACAUUUCGUCAUCUUCUUACAAAUAAAAAAGUUAAAUUCAAGAAGAUUCAAAUUAGUCUGUUCAACUCAAUUCAGCCAGAAGCUGGAUUAGAAAACACUAGUUUGGAACAUAAACAUGCCGGACACAGUAACCACACAGAAUACAAAUGCGUUUUUUGAAAAUACAAUUUUACUCUAUAAUGUUCAUACAACUGCUUUUAUUUUUAAAUAGGAUUUGCAUUGUUAAAGGAAGUUAAAACUCAAAAGGCAGGCUCUUGUACACAUACUGGCAGUUAAAAGUGAAAACUAAAAAGACAAUUUCAAUAAACAACACAUGAUACAAAAAAAAAAAAAA